CUCACUCACCUUACUCUCGUCUUCGCCCUGCCUCUCCCACUCCUCGCCCGCUCCUGGAGCCUGAGAAUCGAAAACUGCCAAGUUUCUCCCAAAGGGCAGCAGCAAGAGUUAUUCCAAAAGCGAUCAGGCCACCAAGGAUGUCCGUCCAUGGAGCCACCCGCGACAGGAAGAGUUGCUCCGCCUGCCUCUGCCCGUCCCCUUCGCUCUCCUCUGGCGACGGGACACACCUGGCGGGCGCGCCCUAUACCUGCCUAGGGCCACCUGGCCGGCAGCCCUCAGCGGGUGGCCCGCCCAGUUCGGGUCGCUGGGGCUUCCCCUCGGCCAAUGAGGAAGAGGGAGCCUCGGGGCUCGGGCAGCGUCCGGCCGAGCGGCCAAUGGGAGGGCGGCAUGCAAAUGAGCAGGUGCGGUGGCGGACGGCCCGUCAAGACUGUCCCGGCUCCCGGGAUGUUAGAGGAGAGUUGGGCUGCCGCCGAGCAGAAGUCCGGGCUUCCAGCUGCGAGCUCCGGUCUCCCGCCAUGGCCCCCGCUCCGCCCCCCGCCGUGUCCUUCUCGCCCGCCGAGGUCCAGCGGCGCCUGGCGGCCGGCGCCUGCUGGGUCCGCUGCGGGGCCCGCCUCUACGACCUCACUGGCUUCGUGCGGCACCACCCGGGGGGCGAGCAGCUGCUGCGGGCGCGGGCUGGCCAGGAUGUUAGCGCCGACCUGGACGGGCCGCCGCACCGACACUCGGCCAACGCGCGCCGCUGGCUGGAGCAGUACUACGUGGGCGAGCUGAAAGGAGACCCUCAGGGCUCUGUGGAGAAUGGGACUGUGACCUCUGGGAACACUCAAAAGACAGACCCUUGGAUGGAACCAAAGCUCAAAGCAGUGGAUUGGGACAAGGAUUUGGUAGACUGGCAGAAGCCCCUACUGUGGCAGGUAGGCCACUUGGGAGAGAAGUAUGAUGAGUGGGUCCACCAGCCAGUGAUCAGACCCAUCCGCCUCUUCCACUCUGACCUCAUCGAGGCCCUCUCCAAGAGUGUCUGGUACAAUGUCCCCAUCAUCUGGAUGCCCCUGAUGCUGUACUUCAGUUGGUCCCACUACCGAACCCUCGCUCAGGGCAACGUUCGACUCUUCGAGUCCUUCAGCACAGAGUACUCGGUGGCCCUGCCGCAGUCCACGUUCCCGGGCUUCUUCGUGAUGGGGGUGCUCCUCUGGAGCCUGCUGGAGUACCUCAUCCACCGCUUCCUGUUCCACAUGAAGCCCCCCAGGGACAGCCAUUACCUCAUCAUGCUGCACUUCGUCCUGCACGGCCAGCACCACAAGGCACCCUUCGAUGAAUCCCGCCUGGUCUUCCCCCCUGUACCAGCUUCUCUGGGUAUUGCCUUCUUCUACAUCAUUCUACGGCUCCUCCUCCCUGAGGCGGUGGGGGGCAUAAUGUUUGCUGGGGGCCUCCUGGGCUACAUCAUCUACGAUAUGAUCCAUUACUACCUACACUUCGGUUCGCCACACAAGGGCUCCUACCUGUACAACAUGAAGGCCUACCACGCCAAGCAUCACUUUGCACAUCAGAAGUCAGGAUACGGCAUCAGCAGUAAACUGUGGGAUCACUUCUUCCACACCCUCAUACCGGAAGAACCCCACCUGAAGAUGCAAUGACAACUCCCAGCCCCACCGUCCUACCCUCUGCCCGGCCAUGGCCUCUGCCCCAUCCCCACCGCCCCCCCCCCCAAGACCCUGCAAAGGUUUGCUCGGCCAGGCAGGACAGGCUUUGUUGGGCCUUUGCGCUCGGUGAGGGUGCUGGGAAGACCAAGAAGGCUGGGACUGACCCUGAGACAGCGCUCCUGACCCACCAAGUAGCUCUCGGGGAUGAGUUCUUUCCUGGAGCAUCUCGGCCUCUCCAUUGCACCCCUGCCCUGAGCCUUAGCCCAUGGGACUGCUUCAGGACCAGGCCAACAGGGAAUUUCCCAAGGGGAAUGAAGGAAACUGACCUCUGAGGCCAAACCUGAGUCCCCACCUGUGUCUUACAGCUUGGACUCCCUAGGACACUCCUCUCCCCAUGGUGGAGCUGCAAAGAGUGGAUGUGCAGGGCCUGUGGCCCUUAUCUCCCUAACCUUCCUUUUUUGGGGAGACUUUGGUGGCUCUUGCUGUUCUCCUGAUGAGUGGAGAACACUGAGGUAGAUGAAGGGCUCUUGUCACAAGAAGAGACGACAUGACGCCUCCCGCAGGCCACCUCCAGUUCCGGCGGCAGUGCCUUUGUCUACCACCCAUCACACCUGCCCGCUGUGGGGCCAGAUGUCUUGGGCUGCAUCUCCUCCAGCACCCACACGCAUGGCCCUCACCUGCCUCUGCAGAUGGGCCGGGGGCUGCUGGUGGGGCCUCCAACCUGAUGGGAGCCCAGGCUCCUUUCUUUAGGAACCAGCAGCUUCUCUAGCCCUAACCCGCCUGUCUUCAGAAUCUCAAAGCUUUUCCCCAAGGGAGGCUGAAGAGGCCUCUCUGUGGGUAGGAGCCCCACCCUAUGUCUGGCCAUUCCUGACCUCUACCUGGCACAGGUGGGCCUCUACCCCCCUCACUCAGGACCCUUCCAGCUAGUGCCUCCUGACACCAAGAAGGAGCUUUCAUGCGGUGCCUUAUCUCCCCGACCUUCUGCUUCCCUGCACCUUCCCCCCAGCAGAUGAGGUUCUGGCCCCUUCUUCCUUAUAACCAAAACCCUCACUGCUCCUAAGAGAGUCUUAUUUAUAAACCAUAUAAAUGCCUUUAGUCUGGCCCCAGACCAAGUAGCUGCUCAGACUGCCCUGUCUAAUCCUCCGUGUCAGGCUUAUGUAAAAAAAUGUUGUCCUGUUCUUGUUUUCUUCUUACCCACAAACCGUUACUACUUGAAAUUUCCUGAAAACUCGCUGAGGGUAAAGGCUAAAAAGAGAAGCAGCGUGAGGAAUCCUGUGAUUUGUACUGUUUACCGUGGAGUUAUUUAAAGAUUUCAGAAUAAAUAUGCAAACUACAAUUGUGAAAUAAAGGUGUACAAAAAUUGUAUAUUUUGAAAAAUAAAAACGCUGAAAAAAGAAAAUCAA